CCAGUUAAAAGAGCUUAUUCACCUUGAUCGUGAUCUUGAGUCAGAGAUAUGAGAAAGUGCCUGCCUGCACUUGAUCUAACUGUCGGAGGAGCAAAAGCGGUAAACGAUCCAAACACAGAGCAAUAAUACAUAACAAAGCAAUCAUUCAUUCAUUCAUUCAGAGCGAGAGAGAGAGAGAGAGAGCGAGAGAGAGUAGAUUAUUUAAUAUUUGCGUCUCUUUCUCUCAUCCGCGAUGAAAAUUCUUUGGACACAUCUGCCAAUAAUUCUCUUCGUCAUCUUCCUGGUCAUGAUUCAUGUUGCUCUUGCUGGAGCAGAUUUAUUAGAUACACAAACAGUGCAAAGAGAUCUCAAAACAUAUUGGCCAUUGUAUGAUUGUCCUCAAUGUAUUGGCAUAAAGGGACAAGGUCACAUGAAAUCUGCUUCAGGUAGCAACCCACCAGAUGAAAAGGAUAUUGAUAUUAUUGUGACAUACAGCGACACUUCUGGUUCUGUUCGAAUCAGGACUGUGAAGUCUAGGGACCUAUCAGCUUCCUGGGUCUGGAGAAGCCCCACUGAUGAAAACAUUGACCAGCCAAAAAGUUCCCAGACAUUAGAAGAGUCAUUUCAAGCUGAUAUGAGAUUUGAAGAUGAUGCUGACCAUUCUACUGAUGAGCAUCAGUCUGGAGGUGAAAUGCCACAGCCACAAACAUCUACUAUAAACCCAGUGAAGCUCAAGCGUCUGAUGUUACGGCAGCGGAGGAGGGAUCUCCGUACUGCAGAGCUAAUUCGACAGGACAAAGAGAUUGACAACCAGAUGCAAGCAGCUGCUAUUGAACGAGCUAAAGAGCUUGAUACCACUGUCAAGGGGAAAUACAGUAUAUGGAGAAAAGAAUAUGAAAACCCAAACUCUGAUUCAACCUUGAAACUUAUGCGUGAUCAGAUCAUCAUGGCAAAGCUUUACGCAAGCAUUGCAAAAGCUAAGAAUGAAUCUGGUUUAUGCGAUUCCCUCAUUAAACACUCCAGAACAAAUCAUUAUGCCAUUGGAGAUGCAAGUUCUGAUGCUGAGCUUCAGCCAAGUGCACUUGAUCAAGCAAAAGCAAUGGGGCACAUUCUAUCUAUAGCCAAGGACCAAUUUUAUGACUGCCUUAUAGUCGCGAGGAAGUUAAGGGCCAUGCUUCAAUCCACAGAAUUGAAUGUAAAUUUGCUGAGGAAAAAGAGUGCAUUCUUAAUUCAGCUUGCUGCAAAAGUAGUCCCUAAGCCCUUACACUGCCUGCCUCUACAGCUGACAACAGACUAUUACCUUCAGAGUUAUGAAAACAAGGGAUUUCCCAACAAAGACAAACUUGAAGAUACUUCUCUCUAUCAUUAUGCUAUCUUUUCUGAUAAUGUACUUGCAGCAUCUGUUGUUGUCAAUUCUACGGUGCUACAUGCAAAGGAGCCUGAAAAGCAUGUUUUCCAUAUUGUAACGGAUAAAUUGAAUUUUGCAGCUAUGAAAAUGUGGUUUCUUGUCUACCCUCCUGCCGGUGCAGCAAUCCAAGUUGAGAAUGUUGAUGAUUUCACAUGGCUCAAUUCUUCUUACUGCCCUGUACUGCGUCAACUUGAAUCUGCACGAAUGAAAGAAUAUUAUUUUAAGGCAAAUCAAGCAUCUUCCCUCUCUGUUGGCUCUGACAAUCUCAAAUAUAGGAAUCCAAAAUAUUUGUCCAUGCUGAAUCACCUUAGAUUCUACCUUCCUGAAGUUUACCCAAAGCUGGAUAAAAUCCUGUUUUUGGAUGAUGAUAUUGUAGUUCAGAAGGAUCUGACACCUCUCUGGUCUGUUAAUCUUGAAGGGAUGGUAAACGGUGCAGUAGAGACCUGCAAGGAAAGCUUUCAUAGAUUUGACAAGUAUCUGAACUUCUCUAAUCCGAAGAUCUCUGAUAAUUUUGAUGCAAAUGCUUGCGGUUGGGCAUUUGGCAUGAAUAUUUUUGAUUUGAAGGAGUGGAGGAAGCAAGACAUUACGGGAAUAUAUCAUCAUUGGCAAAACAUGAAUGAGGAUAGAACCCUCUGGAAACUGGGCACAUUGCCACCUGGGCUGAUAACUUUCUAUAAGCUGAUGUAUCCACUGGAGCGGAGCUGGCAUGUGUUGGGACUAGGUUAUGAUCCUGCCCUUAAUAAAACAGAAAUAGAGAAUGCUGCUGUCAUCCAUUACAACGGAAACAAUAAACCAUGGUUGGAUCUGGCCAUCUCCAAAUACAAGUCAUACUGGUCUAGAUAUGUAAUGUUUGAUAACUCUUAUCUUCGAGCUUGCAACAUUAAUGAAUAGAAUAAUGCCUUCAUGGUCAGCUCUGUAAAGUUUACUUCUCUCUCUCAUGUAGUCUUUUUUUCCAUCACUUCACCGAAAAUUUAAAUAAAAAGAAAUUUUAAAGCUGUUGUUCUCAGAGAA